GAAAAAUUAAACAUGUCCAUUUGAGGUAGGGCGUAGAACGUGCACGUGUUUGGCGUGAGUUGAGGGGGAGGAGUGGGUCAUUUGGCUGAUACAAUUUUCAGGUAGCAGCGGUUUCUAUCAGGAGCUUUUGGGCUAAACUCUUGUAAGAAUGGGCAGGCCGAGAAGUGUUGGUGAGGUGGACCAAGUGGCGCCCCAGUCUGCACUGUCUGUGAAGAACCCCUCAGAUCAGUCUAAGGCCCAAACUCAACCAAAACAGCGGCUGUCAAGAGCUCACAGAACAAAUGGGAGGUGGAAGAAGCCCAUAGUAGAAGAUGUCCAUUCCCCGGCACCACAUGAGCUGGACUGGGUCAAAGAGGUCCGGGAGAAGCCAAGUAAACAUACUGGGAAUCAAAAAGAGAACCAUUACCUGUCCCGUCAUGGUGGACGUGGGAGAGGUGAAGUGGGAGCACCCCAGUCGAAGCCGAGGAGCCCCACUGACCCGUCCAAAGCCCAGAACCAGAACCAGACUCAGGCCCAGCCAGGCUGCAGGAGAGCUCGAAGAAGGAAUGCCCACUUCAAAUGGAGGAAGAAAAGGGCCGCCAUGGAAGAUCCUCCUGUGCCACCACCACGUGAGCAGCAGCACUUGGAGGGUGAGGACUGGGAGCAGGAGCUCAGUGGCCAUGCUGGAGACCAGGAGGACGACCACGACAGUCCUUACGGUAUUGAGGAUGUCAUGACCGUGGCCCUGAUGAAGCUCAGUGUGAAGCCGGCCUGGAGCGGGCUAGUGCCAACCCUCUACAACCCCAGCGUCCACCACAUGCCCCAAGUCAGGUGGGAGUAUGGCAGCCACGCCGUGGUGGAGGGGCAGUUCUCGGACGUGGAGGAUUGAUGGAAUAAUCAGGAUCUGGUUUGUUAGGGAUGGUUGAGCACUCAUGAGUUUGGGUUCCUUGCUGGUUUCUGGCAGUUUCUCUGUCAGUUAGUCAUGGGCUGUGUAUUAGUUCUGCAGUUAAAACGGGUCACUUAUAGUUAUUGAAUGUCGCGAAGAGAUUUAUUUAAAAGAAAAGAUUUAUUACUUUUAUCAUUUUAAUUAUAAUCACACUGUCAUUUCAUUAUGUAUUUAUUUUGACAUUUUAUUUACUUUAUCAUGUAUUUUCAUUAAUUGAUCAAGUAAUUGGUAAGUUUCAAAUAGCAAAAAGAAAGCGUUCAUAUUUGUUUA